AUGCCGCCAGCAGUUGGCCGCAUGCAUGCGAGCCACAUGUCGAAUCCCUUCGUGCAUCUCAAUCCCGCCCACUCCAUCCCACAGUCGCAUUACCAGCAACAACAGCACUCUCUGCCGCAGCCUUUGACGCGGCCUUCCAAUUACGCCGCCGUCAAUGGUUUUGCUCCUCCGACCUCCAAUGUCGCCCUACAGAACGCCUAUGCUAGCGCUGGUGCCCUGGCCGGAGCAAAUGCUGCACAAGGAGUUGGUGGAGGCACAGGUUUGGGCAGUGAGGCUGCAUACCGGGGGUUCGCACACGGCGCUGCUCUCCAACAACAGCAGGCCCACCAGGCCGAGGCCGCUCAACUAGGUCUCAAGUCUGGUCUAGCCGGAAGGAUACGUGAAGUCUGGGCCCACAAUCUCGAGCAUGAGAUGGUCCUGUUGCGCCAGCUCAUCACAAAGUACCCCUACGUGAGCAUGGACGCCGAGUUCCCUGGAAUUGUAGCGCGACCCAUUGGCAAUUUUGAGAAUAAGGCCUCAUAUCAUUACCAAACCCUUCGUUGUAACGUCGAUCUCCUCAAACCCAUCCAGCUGGGAAUCACCAUCUGGACUGCAGAUGGUGAGCUGCCGCCUCAACAACCGGAUCCCUCGCUCUUUCCCAAACUUCCAAACAACCUUGUCGUAUGUCCAUGCACGUGGUCAUUCAACUUCCGCUUCUCCCUCGACCAUGACAUGUACGCAGAAGGAUCAAUUGAACUUCUGAAGAAAGCAGGUCUUGACUUUGCCAAGCACCAGGAACAAGGCAUUGAUCUCAAUGCUUUCGGUGCUGCUCUGACCACCUCAGGCCUUACUUUUGUCGACGAUGUCAAUUGGCUCUCGUUCCACUCGGGAUACGACUUUGGAUAUCUGAUCAAGCUACUGACCAACGCUCCGCUGCCUGAGAAUGAAUCAGAGUUCCGCGAUCUUGUCAACAUCUACUUUCCCAAACUUUGGGACAUCAAAUUCUUAUUACGGCAUGCUCAGCGUACCCUAGCUCCGCAGAACCGUCUCAGCCCUACCGCCUCGACCGUCAUCAAUACUCUAGGCCAGAAAUCUGGUCUACAAGACCUUGCAGAAGAGCUUGGUUGUGUGCGCCAAGGUGCUGCUCACACUGGUGGUUCCGAUGCUUGGUUGACUGGUUCUGUCUUUUGGGCCAUGCGCAACAAGAUCUUUGAUGGCCACGCACCACUCGAGUUGGCCGAUCAAAUCUACGGCUUGCACGGUGUCGGUCCACCGGCGAGUGCUGCUUUUAGGGACGAGUUCCUCCAGAGUCAGGGACACCAAACUCCCCAAACCAACGGUGCUCUCAACUUCCACACAGGCCAUACUCCCACAACUCAUCAAGCACCGAGUACUCCAACCACUUCUCACGCUGCCAUAUCCGGUGGUGUUUUCGGUAACUUCCAAUACGCCAAAUAG